UGUGUGUGUCUGUGUCUGUCUGUCUGUCGGUCUGUCUGUCUAGGUGUACGUCUGGGUCACGGAGGGCCAGCCAAGCCACGGGCCCGGGCGCGAGGAUGCGCAGAUGUAGGCGAGGAGGCGGCCAGGCAGGCACAGCCCCGGCCCGGGCCCGGCCCCAGCCCCGGCCCUAGCUGGGGAGUAGGAGCACAGGAGCUGCGCCCGCGGGGCCGCUCUGCGGCCGGUCGCGCCGCCCCCUUCCCGGGGCCCUCCCGCCGGCCCUGGGCACUCGUCGUGCUAGGCCGCCCGCCCGCCCCCGGGCCGGAGGAAGAGGAAGAGCGAGAGCUGCGGCGGCGGCCGGAGGAGGGAGGAGAGAGGAGGAGCAGGAGGGAAGUACGAGCCCGCAGGGCUGCAGCAGCUCCGCGCUCCCCGGCGCGCGAUGGAGGCCCUGGAGCAGCAGUUGCGGCGACGGCGGCGGCAACAACAGCAGCGGCGGCGGCAGCAGCAGCAGCAGCAGCGGCGGCGGCGGCGGCUCUAGCCUGGCGGUCCCCUGCCGCGUGCGCCCGUGGCCAUGGCCUUGGUGACCCUGCAGCGCUCGCCUACGCCCAGCGCCGCCUCCUCGUCCGCCAGCACUAGCGAGGAGGUUGGCAGUGAUGAAGACCGAAAAUUAAACCUCAGCCUCAGUGAGAGUUUUUUCAUGGUGAAAGGCGCUGCUCUCUUCCUGCAGCAGGGUAACAGUCCACAAGGACCGCGGAGUCUCCAGCAGCCCCACAAGCACGCAGGUGACUUACCCCAGCAUCUUCAAGUAAUGAUCAACCUUCUUCGAUGUGAAGAUAGAAUCAAACUGGCAGUGCGCCUGGAGAGCGCGUGGACGGACCGUGUCAGGUACAUGGUGGUGGUGUACAGCAGCGGGCGCCAGGACACGGAGGAGAAUGUCCUGCUGGGAGUGGACUUUUCCAGCAAGGAGAGCACGAGCUGCACCAUCGGGAUGGUGCUUCGUCUGUGGAGUGACACCAAGAUACAUCUUGAUGGUGAUGGUGGAUUCAGUGUGAGCACAGCUGGAAGAAUGCAUGUCUUUAAGCCGGUGUCUGUCCAGGCCAUGUGGUCCGCCCUCCAGAUUCUGCACAAGGCCUGUGAGGUGGCCCGGAGACACAACUUCCCUGGCGGCAUGGCCCUGGUGUGGGCCACCUACUACGAGAGCUGUAUCGGCUCUGACCAGAGCUGCAUCAAUGAGUGGAAUGCCAUGCAGGCUGAGUCACGAGGCCCCGACUCCCCUGCCCUCUUUGUGGACAAGCCAACGGAAGGGGGAAGAACGGAGCGCCUCAUCAAAGCCAAGCUCCGAAGCACAUGAUGAGUCAGGACUUGGAAAAACGUGACCUCCAAAGAAAUACGCAAUGAAUUAGAGAAGCAGAUGAAUUGCAACCUGAAGGAAUUCAAAGAAUUCAUUGACAAUGAGAUGCUUCUCAUCCUGGGCCAGAUGGAUAAGCCCUCCCUCAUCUUUGAUCACCUCUAUCUGGGCUCUGAGUGGAACGCGUCCAACCUGGAGGAGCUGCAGGGCUCAGGUGUGGACUACAUCUUAAACGUCACCAGAGAAAUCGACAACUUCUUCCCCGGCCUCUUUGCCUACCACAACAUUCGGGUCUACGACGAGGAAACCACAGAUCUCCUCGCCCAUUGGAACGAGGCCUAUCAUUUCAUAAACAAAGCCAAGAAGAACCAUUCCAAAUGCCUGGUGCACUGUAAGAUGGGCGUCAGCCGCUCUGCCUCUACAGUCAUUGCCUAUGCCAUGAAGGAAUUUGGCUGGCCCCUGGAGAAGGCCUUCAAUUAUGUGAAACAGAAACGAAGCAUCACCAGACCUAAUGCGGGCUUCAUGCGGCAGCUGUCUGAAUACGAAGGCAUCCUCGAUUGCAGCAAACAGCGUCAUAACAAGUUGUGGCGGCAGCAGACAGAGAGCAGCCUCCCACAGGGGGCUGACGACCCUCCUGGCCCCGCUGCCUUUCUAAUGGAGAGCUUGGACGUUGACCUAGAGGCCCGGCUGGCCCCACUGGAUAGCCCCAAGCAGCCCGGGCUCCUGGACAGGCAGGCCUCUGGAGGCUCAGCUUUCCCUUACUGCUUCCGCCAGCUCUCAGACCCCCUCCCCAAUUCCUCGGGCAAUGGGAGUGACUUCAUCCAGCUGGAGGAUCUGGAAAGAGAUGCUCUUGUGGGAGAAGGGGUCCGGCCUCAUGAAGCAUCUCCUGAGCCGUCCAGACGUCCCCGGAAAGGGUCCUCCUUGUGUGACAAGGAGGUCAGGAAGAAGCUAGAGUUCGGGGUCCCCAGGGCAUCAAGUGGUCCUCUGGCCCAGGUGGAAGAGAUGGAGCGGGAUGAGAGCCCGAGAGCUGAGAGGCGGGCCCGGCCCCUGAGCCAGCCACUGGAGACCCGUCUUAACCUGAAAGAGAAUGUCAAUAACAACAAUAGCAAGAGGAGCUGCCCUGAAGAUUUUGAGCACGACGCCAUAUUUGGAAUCCUGAACAAAGUGAAGCCUUCCUACCAGUCUUGUGCUGACUGCAUGUACUCCACCCCCAGGGCGGCACCUGAGACCUUUGGGGAACAGUGUGAGAAGCUCAGCACCCCUGCCAUUUGUACCCAGCCUGCCCUUCUGCCACACCUUCCACCUUCCCCAGUGGACCAAGCAGCCAGCAAGUCCCGACUUGUGGAGAGACCCUCCCCCGGGUCUAGAGAGGGCUCCCCAGCCCUGCUCCCGGCCUCCUUCGGCAGGCUGGAUACCGACAGCCCUAGGUCCACUGCUGCCGAGCCCAGGUGGCCUCUUGGACCCUCCAAGGAAUCUCAGAAGGUCCUAGCAAAGUCACUAGCCCUCUUGAAGAACUCUCACUGUGAAAAGAGCCUCCCUACCCUGGAGGCAGUCAAGGAAGACCCAGCCUCCAAGAAGGAGGCCAAGGCCACCAAGGACCUGAGGCUCCUCUUGUUCAAUAAAGAGUUGGCCAAGCCCACGACCAACAGCUACCUGAUGCAGCACCAGGAGUCCAUCAUCCAGCUGCAGAAAGCGGGCUUGGUCCGCAAGCACACCAAAAGAGCUGGAGCGUCUGAAGGGCAUCCCCCGCCGAGGCCGUGUCCCCACUCCGAGAUGGUCCCCCCCAGCAGCAGGCUGGAAGCCAGCAUCCCUGAGGAAUGCCAAGAGCUGGUGCCCCCCCAAGGUGGGGCGUGCCCCUUGGCAUGCCCUCCUUCCCCUGGCGAAGCCGGGGGUAGACUCAGAGAAAUCAAGACCGCCCUCCCUCUGGAAGGGGCCUCCCAGAAGAGCUCCGGACCCUCCUUCCUCGGCCGUCUGGACCACACCAGCAGCUUCUCAAAAGACUUUCUCAAGACCAUCUGCUACACCCCCACCUCCUCAUCCAUGAGCUCCAAUCUGACGCGGAGCUCCAGCAGCGACAGCAUCCACAGCGUUCGAGGGAAGCCGGGCCGGAAGCAGCGGACCCAGGAGAUCGAAACUCGCCUUCGGCUGGCUGGCUUGACUGUCUCCUCCCCUCUGAAACGCUCCCACUCCCUGGCUAAGCUUGGGAGCCUCAACUUUUCCUCCGAGGACCUGUCCAGCGAGGUUGAUGCGUCCACCAUUGUGGAUUCCCAGGAUGCCAAGCUAAGCGAGUCUUCCUUGUCCAGGAGCCCCUUUCCAGCCCCUAGGAACACACCCAUGACUUUGAAAUUGUCAGGGAAGCCUGCCCCAGGAAACUUGACUGGUGCCCUGUGGAUGGGCAGAAGUUGACACGAACUUCUAUUUGCCUCCCUCCCCGCUCCCCUGACUCAUAUUUUCACAUAUUAUUCCCAUUUCUCGUUGUCAGCUCCUGACAUCUCGGUUAUUACGUAAAAUAAUCGUAAUUAUUUUACGAUUCCCUCUAUCAGGUCAUAGCUGAAAGGGCUUGGGUUGGGGAGUCAAUCACAAAAUAUAUAGCACAAGUUACCUGGUUGAAAACCAAAUGUUCUGGAAAAUCCAGGAAUUUCCUACAGGUCACUCAAGUGAAAUACCCACCAGCUUGUCCAUUUCCCAGAAUAACGGUGUUGAGAAGCAGAUCCCUCGUCACUACCAUGCUGGGUUCCAGAGCCUGCUGAAACAAACGAAUCAUGAUGAUUCCAUCAUGGCGACCACAUUUGGGCUCUUGUGGGAAACCUCUUUUGGGCAACAUCAAUCUACCUCUGUUCUGGUGGGGUUUUGUUUUUUGGGGGGUUUUUUGGUUCAUUUGGGGUUUUUGUUCUUGUUUAAAAAACAAACACAAACAAAAUCCUGGUAAACCCCACAAGGGCUCAUUCCUGAGAAUGGCCACAUCAGAAGGGGCUUUUCCAAAACAAAGAAACAAAGAAAAAGUGUGGUUUUUCUGGUAUCCCAAAUCACGUUAGAGACAGAACCUCUGUCUAA